AUGAAGAAGGCUUUACUAAAGUGAAGAAGAAGAGGAGCAGCAGGCUAUAGAAGAUUAAAAGAUAUUUUAGAGAAGAGAAUUGAGAAAAUUAAGGGAAUUGACGAUUUUGAGAAAGUUAAGGAGAUGUAUGAGAGUUUGGACUAUGUUUUUGGAGUUGAUGUUAGGGUAGAUGAGUUUUGGAUUAAGGAUUUUGAUAGAGCUCGCGAUUUUGUGGAAUAUGAUGGGUUUUAAGUUUUGAGGAAAGAAGUUUGAGAGGAAUUAUAAGGAUAAUGAAUUCUUCAGAAAGUUCAUUUUGUUUUUAAAUGAGUAUAUGAUGAAGAUCGAUUCUAUUGGCGGUCAUGAUAAGGCAAAAGAAAUUUUGAAACAAAUUAUGAUUUUCUUAAAAUAAGUUCGGAGAUGACUCUAAAGAUCUCGUGAUAUUAACCAUAAACAACUCAAGUAUUCUUUACAAAAGGAGUGAUCAGCCAAAAUAAGUCCAUUGAUUGUUUACUGCAAGCAUUUUCUAUCAUGAAAGCAUACCCUAUUUCUCAAUGAAUGCCUUAUUUUUCAGAAUCUGAGGAAGCAAAGAAAGCUGUUGUUAUAGGAAAGCCAUAUAUCAAAACUUGCAUAAAUUUAACGGCCAUCUAUAAUUUCCAAAGUGAUCAUGAGCAAGCUUCUAAACUAGCCAAGCUAGCUAUAGAAGCCUGUAAGAUUGACCUCAAAAAUUUACAUGAUGAAGAGGGUUCUGUGAAAUCAGCUGACCCUCUCAUUACCCUGAAGAGCAAAUUAAGAGACGAAGUCACAGAUCUUCUGAUUCUUGCUUAUUUCAACCUCGGCAGUGAAUACGAACACUUGAAAUUAUUUAAGAAAUGCUUAGGGCCAUUCAAGAAUUGUCUAUGAUUAAUUAAGAAGAGAAAUACCAGAGAUCCUACUCAUCAGAAAAUUAAGAGAAUCCUAAGCUUGGCAAUAGCAAAAUAUGAGAAGUAUCUUUUAUGGUUUAAAAAAGAUGCAUCCUUUUCUAAUUUAUCCCACAGUCGCGGUAGUUUCUCUAAGUCUAAUUCCAAAGAUGGAGUACUAAUAAGCUCCAAGACGCAAAAUAAGUUCUUUGUGAGUGCCAAAAAGUCUAGUGUCAAAAGAAUGAAUAAGGUUGCUUUUAUUUCCAACUCAAAACUCUCAAUAGAUUCCAAGUUUGAAAUCCCAAAGACAUCUGCUUGAAAAAUUAAAAAGACUAAGUUACUCAUGCCUAAAUAUACUAAAAGUCCGAAAUUUGAAGAACCCAAGACUCGGUUUGCCACUCUGAACUGCAAAGGCAGCCAGAUAAGUAGGACAAUGGAGAAGAGGACUUGUACGCCACAGAAGAAGGCUUGCCUGAAGCUGAGGAAGUCUCAACUUGGAAACUGGAAGAAGAGAAUUAGCCUACAGAAAGGGAAUUCAAAGGUGCUUAAGUGGAAAGAUAAGCCAAGAUCAGCAGUCAAAAGAGGGAAUCCAGCAAUAGCUCUCAAGAAGUUGUUGGAGUCAACCACCUUUGUGGUCAAUUAGAAUGGUUUGUGAGUAGAUUUGAGAGACAUGAAAGAUUAGAUUUAAGGGUUGAAUGGGAAAUAAAGGCAAUUGUUCAUUUUUCCGAAAAUU